GAGCGUGGAGCGUAUAGAGCAAUUUCAAAUACACAACGGUUAGUCCGUCUUCCACACGCUUCUUCUCCAUCUCAAAUUCUCAAUUUCUAACGGUUACCUUUCUCAAUUCUCACUCAUCUUCCGCACGCUACUUCUCGCACCUCAAUUUCUAACACUCAGAGUAAUAUGGCUAUGGCUUCUUCCUCAAGAACUCAAACUAAACCUAGCUCAGUUAGCGGAAAAGUCCGGGUUGUUGCGAGAAUUCGAGGCCUUAGGGAUCAGGAACUGACGUCUUCGUUGUCUAUAACGUCUGUUUGUAAAGCCGGUGAUGGUGAACGUCCUGAGAGGGUUACGGUUUCGUUUGAUGAUCCAACAUCUAGCCGUAAAAACGAGUUUGACGUGGACCAUUGUUAUCAUCAGAAUGAUGAUAAUACUGUUGUAUUCUCAAAGGAGAUUAAGCCUCAAAUUGCAAGGGUUUUUGAUGGUGAAAGCUCAACUUUUAUUGCAUUCGGAGCCCGAGGCAGUGGAAAGACAUCCAUGAUCCAGGGUUCUGAAGAUAAUCCAGGUUUGGGAAUGGUGGCAAUGAGUGAAAUUCUCAAAACUCUGGGAGAAAGGCAUGCAGUUGCAGUAUCAAUUUAUGAAGUUUUUCACAAUCAUGUUUAUGAUGUAUUAGAUCCUAAGAAUCCCGUGGUUCAAGUACUAGAAGAUGCUCAAGGAAAAAUAAUGCUUAAAGGGCUUUCAAAGGUACGAGUGAAAUCCAUACAAGAAUUUCAAAAGUUAUAUAUAUGUGGGUCAACUUCAAACAAAUCAACACAAAAUAUGACAUUUGAGUUGUCACAAAGAAGUCAUAAAGCUCUAAUGAUACACAUUUUAGCUUGUAAUGAAGGAGGAAACUCAACAUGCAUCGGAAAGAUGAACUUUAUUGACUUAGCAGGUUAUGAAAAUGCAAGGAGAAAUAGCAUAGAUACAACAAACUUUAUUGAGGCUACACAUAUCAACAAGUCUUUGAACGCAUUGCUUAACGUUAUUCAUGCUGUCAAUGCCAAUGAGACACGUGUCCCUUAUCGAGAAAGCAAACUUGCCAGAGUGCUACAAGAUUCUCUUGGAGGAAAUAAUCAUAUCUCCGUGAUCGUUUGCUUGAACCCAUAUCAUUGCCCAGAUACUCUUCAUGCGAUUACUUUAGCUUCACGGUUGAAAAAUAUAAAACCUGUAUCCGUGUUAUCCUCUUCUAAAAAGAAAUGUUCAAGCUCUCGUGUCCCGUUAUCCGCAAAUAAAGCCAAUUCUAGUGUGUCUGUGUUCUCUACGACAAAAAAACAAACCAACUCUCGGUUGCCUUUGUCUGCAAAGAAAACCAAUGUUAUGCUAAAGGGAAGGAAUCUUUUUGAUGGCACGGAAGAAGCAAAUGGUAUUACGGAGCAACCAUUGAGCAAGGAAAAAUGCACAUCAGAUGGUGCUUUAUUGUGCUUAGAUGUGAAAGACACUCCUUCAACCAUUUUGGCUUCUUCACAAGAGGAGAUUCCUGAAUUAGAUGCUAAACAAGAGAUGGUGUCACUUGAAUUGAAAAAUGAGGAUGUUUCAGUAAAGUCACAAAGCAAUUGUGGAGAAAUUCUUGAUCCUGUUAAUGGUGAUAACACAGAGAAGGAGACUAAGCACUUGCCUGUGAAUGAAAGUCAAUCACCAUCACUAACUGCCCGUUUGAAAGAAUUGCGUCAGAAUUUAGUUAGCUGUUCAACUCCUUUGUCUGUAAUCAUGCCCCAUGAUCCUGAACCAAAAACACCCAUAACUACACAUAAAUUGGAACUUUCGAAUUGUCAAUCUGGAACAUUUAGCAAGCAUAACUCAGGGAUGAAGCAAUCACUUGUUCAGGAUUAUUUGCAAUUCUUGAAUUCAGCUAGCAAGGAUGAUUUGAAAGGAAUACCGGGCAUUGGAGAGAAAAGAGCUGCGUACAUUCUUGAACUUCGUGAAGAUUCUCCGGAACCUUUUAAAAGCCUUGAUGACUUACAGGACAUUGGUCUUUCAGCAAAACAGGUCAAGACCAUGAUGAAAAAGGCUGCUGCUCAUCUUUUUAGCUAGGUGGUGUGUUGUCAACAAUAUAUCUCAUAUUCGGUAUUCCUAUAUAUAGAGCGAAAUGUUAAAACCUGUUUGUGUCCCAUGGUGUUUGGUGCAUUGUUUGAUGUGCACCCCUGAGAUGGUCUACUUAAUCUUAUUGUCGGUAUAUGCAUGUUCAUAUGUCUGUUUGAAUCAACAUUUAACGGUAUACAAACUUUUAAGUGUAAUUUUGGUUAUUCAUAUAUGUCUCAAAUGGUGGGAA